GUGUUGUGUGCUGUUCUGCCAGGAGCGCGCGCGAUCUGAAAAGACAGUUCCGAGUUCCCUGGGUAUUUGUGCAGCAAUCUCCUCCCUCGCAACAUUUCUUCAGCGAAAUAAGCAAAGUUUGUGCAGCUGGCCAGUAUUACUUGAAGAUGAAUGAACAGGAGCGGCCAAAUGGCCUGUACACCAGACAGACGGCCUUCGGGAACAUGCUGUUCACCCGGGAGGAGCACAGCGCCAUCCAGGCAGCAUUACGCCAGCGGCUGGGCCGGGAGUUCAUCAGCCAGCGACCGGGGCCGGGAAACCAGAAACUCACCUACAUCGAGGGCCACAAGGCCGUGGCGCUGGCCAACGAGCUGUUCGGGUACGACGGGUGGUCCACCUUUGUCUUGUGGACCACCAUCAACUUUGUGGACGAGAAAGCGGGCAGGUACAACGUCGGGGUGCACAGCUGUGUGCGCGUGAUGCUGAAGAACGGAGCCUCACAGGAGGACCUCGGGUUCGGCGCUGCUGAUAAUGCACGCUCCAAAACUGCCGCCCUGGAGAAAGCUCUGAAGGAGUCUGUCACCGACGGUAUGAAGCGGGCUCUGAAGAGGUUCGGGAAUGCCUUAGGGAACUGUCUGUCUGACAAGGAGUUUCUCAACGCUGUGAUGAAGACGACAAAGCCAGGAAAGUCAACAUAUGAUGUAAAUGACUUCAAGCGCGACCUAGUGGAUCCAGGCAUCGAAAAUGCUCGGAGGGCUAGCCUGCACACCCCCACCCAGGGGCUGCCCCUCCCCACCCCCCAAGGGCUGCCCCUCCCGCAGGCCUACUCCACACCAGUACAUACAGCCAUGCCUCCCCAGUGUGAGGGGAAUGGUAUGGUUCCAUUUGAUGGUCACUCCAGGCAGUUCUUUGGUAACCAAGGACACAGUCGCAGUGCUAGCUGUGGGCCCAUCGUCCCUUCCAUGAGUGCUGGGCCAUCAACAAAUACUGACCCAUCUACAAGCACUGGCCCGUCAACAAGUACUGGCUCGUCAACAAGCAGCAGGCCAAACUCUAAGAGAGUCCCAAAUACAACAAAAGGACUACCGGUAAACUCCUGCAGUGGCCCCAGUGCUGACAUUAACCCAAACAUCAGCAGAGGCCCCCAAACGGGACAAACUGUUAGUAGUGUGCCAAGCACCAGUACGGGUCCCAAAACAAACAGUGGGCCUGCCACCAGCAGUGGCUCAAACAUCCCAAACCAUGCAGGUAGUGGCCCCAAGAAGAGCAUCAGCCCAAGCAAGAGGAAGAGGGCCAGCCCACGACAGGCGGCCCCGCAGAGCCGGAAGACCUCCUUGGAAGCGGCUGGGGAAUCGGAUGAAGCGGCGCGGCUGAGGAAACAUCGUCAGUGGCAGAAGCAGCAGGAGUUCCGCCAACAGCUGGCCAAGAAGCAGGGAAACCUACCACGGGCCACGACAUCCCCGCAGGGAGCUGAUGGGAUAGCAGGGCCGUCUGGGAAUGGGGUUGAGCUGGAGGGGUUUGACGCGGGGAUGGAUGACAGUCUGCUGGCGAAUGCCGUCGAGAACGAAUUCUGGAACGAAGACGAAAGCGCAGCGGGGGUCACUCCCACAGGUGUGAUGACACGCAGUCGUACACCAGGGAAGCAGGGAGCAAGCGCCACCAUGCAGCCGGGACAGNAAGUGCAGGGACAGAGGGGACCAUUUGGGAGUAGGGCGGGUCAGCAUGGGUGGAGUGCUCAGCACAGACAGCCAACAGUGAAGAAAAGGCGAAUAGACAGCAGUUGAUAUCAUAUAGCAGCACCAGAACGGUUCAGACCAAGCUCAACUGGAACCAAGCAAGAACCAUAUCACAAAGCUAUGGCAUAAUAUUCUUGAAUUAGACAGUAUGUGAAAUUGUAGAGUGGGGCAAGUAGUUGUAUAGCAGCAUUUGAACUGGAGCCAAGACAAUGUUGCAAAUCAUUUUUUAUUUUAUUUUAAAUCCUUUUUCCCCCCAGGUUUUACCACAAAUGCUUACCAGAUUCCUGUACUAAGUUGUUACGAAGGAGGUGUGCUUACAUGAAGAGUUGUGGGAGAGACAAUUAUUAGUAAAGAAAUAAAACUCAACCAUUAGCAUACAAAAGUUAAGUUCAUGUGCAGGAAAGUAUGAUGUUUACCACCAAGUUUCUUCUUCAGUUUCCCACAGAUAAUGUAGUUUGUACUACAGGGACAUUUCAUGUUUAUGCUAGUUAUAUUCAUGUUGCAGUUUUGAACUAAUAUUGACAAACCAUUACAGUGUAUUGAAAUAUGUGAGAAUCAAGAUAAUCAAUUUUUUACUGCUAGCCUAAAGAAGCUGCAAUGUUGAUAGUAUUGUAAAGUAAGUAUGUAUGAAUAUUACAGUAAUGUUGAUUUCUAGCAUAGUACUUACUUUAUUUGUCAGGGUUCAAAAUACUGCCUGCAUAUGCAGGUAAGUACAGGUAAUAUUGGAGCGGUGAAAUAUGUCUGGCUGCACCUAACCUGUACCAAUCCAUGUACUGUAGGUGUAUGUGGAUUUCUAUUUUCUGCAUUGAUAUUGACUGUUACAACCUAUGAAGUACAUAAAAGAAAAAUGGCAAUGGAACAGUUUUUAGUAUAAUCCACACUUCCUAAAUUCUGAGUAGUGUAGGUGAAAUUUGUAGGGUCCACAAGUAUGCAGAAGAAAGUAUUUCAAGCCCCUAAUGUGGCACGGUAUAGUAUAUUAUGAUACCAGUAUAGAUUAUAAUUUUUAUCAAGUUGUUCAGUUUGUGUUUUCAAAAAGACAUUUCUAUAAGGUUGUGUUUUGAAACAUUUCUAGUUACAAUGGUUGCAUUCUGUUUAUGUACUUUUAAGGCAAGGCCAUGUUGAUUUUAUUUUAUGGAAUGACAUCAGCGUGCAUGAAUUUUCGUCCAUUCCCCCCCCCCCAA